UCUGGAAAAGCAGUGAGUGCCCUUAACCACUGAGCCAUUUCUCCAGCCCCCUUGAAAAGAUUUUUAACUACACUGCCCUAGAUUCAAGAGAGAGGCAAGGAUAACUUCAGUUUCAGGAACCAGCUGACUCUACCUCCCAAAUAACUGAAUGUAAACAGAGCCCACUUCCAAAGCCCUAGGCGGAUGGACUAUGCGCAUGCGCAGCUUUGGCUAGUUGUCCCCGUUUGGCGCCGCAGGGAGAGAAGACCCUGUGAGAAAUCUCCCAGCGGCGCAGACUAGGCGCGCCACUUCCGGUCGAAGCUCCUAACAACGGGGGAGGCCGGUAACCAGGGAGGGGGGGAUGGCGGAGCGGGCUCCGGAGCCCGGGGCGGAGGCGGAGGCGGGCGCAGGCGGGGAGGCAGCGGCAGAGGAAGGCGCGGCAGGCAGAAAGGCGCGGGGCCGGCCGCGGCUCACCGAGUCGGACCGGGCCCGGAGGCGGCUCGAGUCCCGGAAGAAGUACGACGUGCGGCGCGUGUACCUGGGCGAGGCGCACGGCCCCUGGGUGGACCUGAGACGCCGCAGCGGCUGGAGCGACGCCAAACUCGCUGCCUACCUCAUUUCGCUGGAGCGCGGCCAGCGUAGCGGUCGCCACGGGAAGCCUUGGGAGCAAGUCCCCAAAAAGCCAAAGCGGAAGAAAAGGCGGCGGCGCAACGUGAACUGCCUGAAGAACGUGGUCAUCUGGUAUGAGGACCACAAACACCGCUGCCCAUAUGAGCCACACCUGGCUGAGCUUGACCCUACCUUUGGCCUUUACACAACGGCCGUGUGGCAGUGUGAAGCUGGACACCGCUACUUCCAGGACCUACACUCCCCACUCAAGCCCCUCAGUGACUCAGAGCCUGACAGUGACAAAGUGGGCAAUGGCCUGGUGGCUGGCAGCUCUGACUCAUCGAGCUCUAGCUCCAGCUCUGACUCGGAGGAGCCUCCUGAGAGCCAGCCAGCCAAAGCCUCAGCUGCUGCUGCUGCAGCUGUCACCCCCAGCAGCCCCACAGGCAGCAGUGGUCUUAUCACUCAGGAAGGAGUUCACAUCCCCUUUGACGUCCACCAUGUGGAGAGCCUGGCUGAGCAGGGCACCCCUCUGUGCCAAAACCCUGCAGGCAGUGGGCCUGAGGCCCUGGAGACAGUGGUGUGUGUGCCAGUUCCCAUGCAAGUGGGCACUGGCCCCGGCACCCUCUUUGAGAACAUGCCCCAGGAGGCACUGGGUGAGGUAGUAGCCAGCUGCCCAGUGUCAGGCAUGGUGCCUGGCUCCCAGGUGAUCAUCAUUGCUGGUCCUGGAUACGAUACCCUCACAGCCGAGGGCAUCCACCUCAAUGUAGCUGCUGGCGGUGGCACUCCCAGCAGCAGCCUGGGCGAAGAGGUGUCCUGUGCCAUGAUGGAGGGUGUGGCAGCUUACACACAGACGGAGCCCGAGGGCACCCAGCACAGCACCAUGGACACCACUUCCAUAGCCAGCAUUGAGACCAAGAAAGACACCGCCCCGUGUCACCCCGUAGAGAAGGAGGACCUGCAUAUGCUCAAGGAGGAGAAAGAGGAUUCAGUGGCCCCAGAGCUGGCAGAGUUGGCAGCCACGGUGCCUGAGAAUACAGAGGCAGAAGUGGAUGGAGAGGAAUUGGACAGCAGUGAAAUGUCAGCCAUCAUCUAUGAGAUUCCCAAGGAGCCCGAGAAGAGACGGCGGAGCAAGCGGUCACGGGUGAUGGAUGCUGAUGGCCUGCUGGAGAUGUUCCAUUGUCCGUACGAGGGCUGCAGCCAGGUGUAUGUGGCUCUCAGCAGCUUCCAGAACCACGUCAACCUUGUGCACCGAAAAGGGAAGACCAAAGUGUGCCCUCACCCUGGCUGUGGCAAGAAGUUUUAUUUAUCCAACCACCUGCGACGCCACAUGAUCAUCCAUUCAGGCGUUCGAGAGUUCACCUGUGAGACCUGUGGCAAGUCUUUCAAGAGGAAGAACCAUCUGGAGGUGCACCGGCGCACGCACACUGGGGAGACACCCCUGCAGUGCGAGAUUUGCGGGUACCAGUGCCGGCAGCGUGCUUCGCUCAAUUGGCACAUGAAGAAGCACACAGCGGAGGUGCAGUACAACUUCACAUGCGAUCGCUGCGGGAAGCGCUUCGAGAAGCUGGACAGUGUCAAGUUCCACACGCUCAAAAGCCACCCGGACCACAAACCUGCCUGAUGUGCCCAUGCCUGUGGACCUCAGCCUCUAUUUAUUUGUACUCUUGGACAUUAUGUCCAGACCAAUCAGAGCCCUAGACAGCCACUGGGGCUGCUCCAACCGCAGGCCGGAAGGAGGCGUUCCCACACUUCCCUGGGCAGGUGCCCCACCCUGCCCCUUCACAUCCCACCCAUGGAGCUGGCACAUGGGACUGCACUGCUGAACUGUAUCAAGAGCUCAGAAUGAGAUUAAAGUGAAAAAGGAGUUGUCCUUCCCCUAA